CUUCUCAAUUCGGAGUUUCAGUCGAUCGGAGAAAUAGCCAUGGCCGUCGAUAUCGAAGUUGUUUCAAAAGAAACGGUCAAACCCUCUUCCCCAACGCCGGACAACCACCGCCGUUACGGUUUAUCCUUCCUCGACCAAGUCACCGUCGAUGUCUACAACCCAAUGAUCUAUUUCUACUCCGCUGGCUCUGCCACCGCCGCCGAAAUCUCCGACCAUUUAAAAAAAUCCCUCUCCACCGUGUUGUCCCAUUACUACCCACUCGCUGGCAGAGUCAACUACGACGAGUUGUUUAUCGACUGUAAUGAUGCUGGCGUCCCCUUCAUCGAAACCAGAGUCAACUGCCGACUCUCCGAUGUAAUGAACACGGCGUUUCCUACUGAACUAAACAAACUCCUUCCGUUUGAAUUGGAUGCUCUUGAUGAUGUUUCAAUGGGGGUUCAAUUGAAUGUGUUUGAAUGCGGCGGUGUUGCUGUCGGGAUUUGUAUUUCUCAUAAGAUCAGCGAUGCUCUGUCGUUUUUUAUUGUCGUUAAUGGGUGGGCGGCGGUUUCCCGGGGGGAAAAAGAGGCGCUGGAAACUCAUUUAUCAGCAUCGGAGCUGUUUCCGCCGAGUAAAACACCGAUUUACAACACGAGGACAAGUAUUUUCAGACAGAGAGUGGCGAAACGGUACCAAAUUGAUUCAGCGAGUAUCGAAACCAUUCGAGCUCAAUAUGCAGAGUACUUCGCCAUGGAAAACCAGAGGCGACCUUCAAGAGUUGAGGCUUUGUCCGCCUUCCUCUACGGCCGUUUUAUCGCCGCCAUUAAAGGCGCUUCUAACAGCAAUCCGGCGAACGGAAGCUCGGAAUCGGAGAAGAAGAUAUUCUUAGUCUGCCACGCCGUGAACAUCCGAUCAAGACUGGACCCACCAGUUCCGGAUUACGCAUUCGGAAACUAUUACAGAGCCACAUUCGCAGUUCCGUCGGAGACGAUUUUAAACGACGAUUAUUGCUACGAUUUAGUGAAACUAGCGAGAGAAGAAAUCGCCAAAAUCGACAAAUCGUAUUUGGAAAGGCUUCAAGAAAGCAGUAAGUUCUUGGAGGCGAUGAAGAAGGCGGCGGCGCAAUUCUCCACCGGCGAGCUGAUUUCCUGCUCGUUCACUAGCCUGUGCCGGAUGCCGAUUUACGACGCUGACUUCGGGUGGGGAAAACCGGCGUGGAUCAGCUCGCCGGCGUUAAUGUUCAAGAACCUGUUUGUGUUGAUCGAUAAGAAAGACGGCGAUGGAGUUGACGUUUAUGUUCAUCUCAAGCCGGAGAACAUGGAGAUUCUUGAAGCCGAUGAGAAGUUCCUCAAGUAUGCCAAAUUGCCUUCUAAUUAAUAAUUUCAAUGAAAUUAUUAUUAUUAUUAUUUAUUACAAUAAAUGUGAUGUAAAAGAAUUUGAAACUCGAACCUGAAGGGUAAGAGAAGAAUGUUCAUUUUAAUUGUGAGAAUUUCCAUUAAUUUAAUGAAUUUUAUUUCUUUUAUUAAUAUUUAGAAGAUAAGCGGAUUAUAUAAUAA